UCCCUCUCCACUGCUCCUUCAGCUCCAGUCUCUGUUUCGGCUCCCAGAGGAACAACAUGAUGCAGGUCGUCGUGUUCUGCUGCAGCGUUUUAUCUUUGCAACUCUUCCUCUGCUCUCACGGUGUGCCGGUAUUUGAGGGCAGGACUGUCAAACAGCUGCAGGAAAAGCCUCACAGCAACAGCCAUGUCGUCUUAAAGAAGAGAGGCAGACACAGGCAGGAUGCUCUAAACCAAGAGGUCAAUUCAAAGUCUUCUCUGGUGUCCAGAAAUGAGACAGAGUUCUGGAAUCGUCCUCGGUGUGGAGUCCCAGACUAUCCAAAAGUAACACCCCUCGACGCAUCAAACCACAGCAGGAAGAGGAGCAGAAAGCAGCGCGGGAAACGGUUCGCUCUAUUUGGAGGACGCUGGGACAAAUUUGAUCUCACUUACAGGAUUCUUCGUUUUCCAUGGCAGAUGAGUGAAGACAAAGUUCGGGACGUCUUGAAAGAGGCCUUUGAAGUUUGGGGCGCAGUAACUCCUCUGACACUCAGAGAGGUUGUUAAUGAGAGAGCAGACAUCAUCAUUGACUUUAACAGGUACUGGCAUGGUGAUGACUUACCGUUCGACGGUCCUGGAGGAAUACUGGCCCAUGCUUUCUUUCCCCGCACUCUCAAAGAGGGCGAAGUCCACUUCGACUAUGAUGAACAUUGGACUGUCGGGAAUAGUGUUGGGACUGAUCUCCUCCAGGUGGCAGCUCAUGAGUUCGGCCAUGUUCUGGGCCUGCAGCACUCCUUGGAGCCCGAUGCCGUCAUGAGUCCUUUCUACAGUGAUUCCUACCCUUUGAAGCUCAGUGAAGACGAUAAGAGGGGGAUCCAGUAUCUAUAUGGACCUCCUCGGUACACACCGCCGGAUAUAACAGAGACCAAUGAGAUAGAGACUGAACUGUUGGAUGCCUGCAGAACAAGCUUUGAUGCUGUGUCCAUGAUCAGGGGAGAGCUGUUUUUCUUCAAGUCUCGAUACGUUUGGCGUAUCCGUGACGGACGUCUACAGGGUGGCUAUCCAGCCUUGUCUUCACGCCACUGGAGCGGUAUCCCUGACUACAUUGAUGCAGCCUAUGAAGAUAAGUCUGGCAACAUCUGGUUCUUCCAAGGCGACAAAUACUGGGUGUUUGAUGCUGAGAGGAAGAUAUCUGGACCAGUGUCUUUGGUGCAGCUGGGUCUUCCUGUGACAGACAUCAAUGCAGCUCUGAGGUGGGAGCAGAACCAAAUGGAGAAGAUUUUCCUCUUCAAGUCUUCCUUCUACUGGCCCUUCAACACUCAGGAGAAUCGGGUGAAUGAUCUCCAUCCUCGCAGCAUGCAUGAGUGGACUGGACUACCCAGUCACAUCGAUGCAGCCUUUCUGGACAAUUAUGGUUAUGCUAACUUCCUGAGUGGACUGUACUAUUGGAAGUUUAAUCCGGUGUCGCUGAAGGUGCUGGAAGGCUACCCUCGUAGAAUCGGGAUGGACUUCUUUGGCUGCUCUGAAUCUAGUUAAAUCCAUCAAAUCAUAAAAUUGAAAUCAUCCAUCGGCUUACUGCUAAAAAUCACACUGCUCAAAUUUUCACCACAGAUAAAACAGGACAGAGUCUUUCUUUGUAGCAAACAUCUAUAGUCUUACUGUAAAUUGUUGGGACUGAUCCUUUAUUUUCAGAUCGGUUCUGAUGCAGGUCAGGGAAACUGCAUAACGCCAUGGCAACAAAAUGCCAUUCGGAGUUGGCUGUUUGAGCCCACAUCACAUAUCCUGUUCCUCACCUUGGCCCUAAAUGCUGUACAUUGUUAGCCUUUAGCAGGAAGGUUUGUUCUACGUUUAGUGUCAUAAAAUCAGCGGGACUGGGUCUGAUUAUUCAUGGUGCUAUUUAAGGUCAAACUAGAACCUCAUUCUACUUAAUUCAGCUAAACUGUUCUCUCUACAGCUCUUGUUGAAGG